AUGUCAUCUGAGGACCAACGUGAUGUUCUUGUGGACUUUAAUGGGAAAGCAAUCAAAGUUGACAACGAAGCUGACGCUGGGUGUAUCGUAAAAGCACUUAAAGCUAAACCACUAAUGACUUCCUUUCGUUUGUCUGGUAAUACUGUCGGUGUGGAAGGAGCUGGCGCCAUCGGCUCACAGUUAACCACGAAUAAAUACCUACAGAAGUGUAUUUUCAGCGACAUGUUUACAGGUCGUAUGGUUGAUGAAAUCGCUCCUGCUUUGACGCAUAUUUCCUUGGGCAUCAUGUCCUCUGGCGCCCAGCUUACUGAACUUGACUUGAGUGAUAAUGCCUUUGGCCCAAGAGGUGUUGUGGGCGUUACUAAACUUCUAAGCAGUCCUGCUUGCUUUACAUUAAAGAUCUUACGCAUGAACAACCAAGGCCUUGGUCACCAGGGCGCACGUUAUUUGGCUGAGUCGCUCUCAAAGGGCCUAGAAUCAAGCAAAGGGCUGGGUCCAAAGCUAAAGCACUUUUCGGCCGGUCGUAACCGGCUUGAAAAUGUUGGAGCGUGUCUGCUGGCUGACGUGUUUUCACAGAUGGGGUCAUUAGAAGAGCUGCACCUCUAUCAAAAUGGAAUAGGAAUUCACGGUAUUGAGGGAGUCAAAGCGCUAGCUUCUGCUAUUUCCAAGAACCCACAAAUGCGUGUUCUUAAUCUUUCUGACAACUCUCUUAAGGAGGAUGGCGGUAUUGAGAUAUCAAAAAUUUUACACUCAAUUCCUCACCUCAAGGAGCUCAUUCUAGACGAUUGCCUCAUACGUUCCCGUGGUUGUCGCGUUCUUGCGCGUAGCCUUGAGUGCGACAAAGUGGUGCCCGAACUCAACCACCUAAGCCUCUACGGCAACGAGAUUCGACGAGACGCCGGUGUAUCGCUGGCUCUCAGCCUUGCUAGCAAGUCCCACCUCACCAAACUCUCGCUCAACGCCAAUGAAUUCGGUCCCGAGGGUGUCGAGCGUAUCCUAAGUGCUCUGGAGUCCAUCAGCCUGCUUCCUGCGCUCGAAGCAGGCGUUCUGUCGAAGACCGAGGCGGAAGACGAUGUCGACGACGACGAACUGGACCCUUUCCACCGAGCUUUCAAUGAAGAUCAGGGCAGCGAAGACGAAGACGCCGACGAGGAUGAGGAUUAUGAUGACGAUGAGGUUCAAUACGACGACGAUGAAUACGAAAGAGACGAAGAGGAUUAUGGCGAGGAGUAUGAGGGGGAGAGCGAGGCCGAUCAAGAGAACUCACCGGUUCCCGUCAAGAGUGACCCCGCCCCGCCAAGCAGACCCUCAGGCGACACAUUGAUUAAAGCAUCAGGCGGCAGUACCGGCACCGGUGGAUUCAGCUUCCUCUCCUGCCUCUCCGAGCUUCAGAAGAGCGCCCAGUCGAAGUCGAAUUUGUUUUCGGUUUUGAAUUCGUCGGACACGGCGACGUCUGGUGGCGGCGGCAGUAGGCUCUUCGCCAGCCAAUCGGCCACACCCAAGCUCGGCGGGCUGUUUGCUCCGCCCAAGCUGAACGUCGCGUCCACCCACGCCUCCCCGGGUGGUCUCGGCCUCUCGGGUCUCUUUUCCACGCCGCCGCCGCCGCCGCAGCAGAAGUCUUUCAACGACGCCGCCUCCCUCGAAGCCCUUAAGGCGGCCUUGGCAGACACCGAAAACGACGAUUUGCUGGCGUCACUGGUUGAUAAAAUUGCUGUGCGGCCGGCCGCCACCCAAGGGUCGCUCAAACCGGAGGACGUGUCGUCCGCCACGCCAGAAACCAUUGUCCGAUUGGCCUUCCGCCUCGCUCAAAGGUCCCCCGCUUGCCGUGACUUCGCCUCCGACCUCCUCUUUGCUGCGUGCACCCGUUCAACCGACUCGAGGGCGUCUUUGGUGUCGGCGUCGGGGCGCGCCGUGAACCGGAUCCUCGUGCACCUCGGCGCCAUCAAGCCCGACCGGAGCGACGCCGUGGAGCGAAGGGCCGCCGCGGACGUCCAACACGACCUGCCGGACAACGUCCGCCUCGUCUCCGCCCUCCUCAGGCGCCACGGACACGAGCUGAGCGCCGACGUGAGGGCGUCGCUUGCUCUGCUCAUCUCUGAGCACCGCCACGACAACAGCGCCUUCGAGGGGCUGUUGGACGCGUUGGAAGGGAAGAUGUCGGCUCUCUCGGUGUCGUAG